UGUGCACAGCUGUUUAUUCUUCCUUCCAUUUUUUUCUUUUUUUAAAUGAAGCGUGACAGUAAAAAGGGUGUGCAAGAGGAUGACAGUAGCAUUGGAAGUGCAGAGGAAACAUGGCCAAACACAUGUUUGCUAAUCUCCUACUUCUAUGGUCACUCGGCUUUUACACAACCGGGAAAAUGGAUGACGGUCCAAAGGAGCAAUCUUGGAGAAACAAGAACCUUGAUUCCAUCCCUCCGGAUUUGGAUGUACGAUUGAGAAGCCUUGACCUGUCCAAUAACUUCAUCAGACGGCUGCACAAAGUUAAUUUGCCGUACUUGGAGCAGCUGGACUUCAGCAGCAACCAGCUGGAGCUGAUCUCUGAGGGAGCUCUAAGAGACCUGGCUGUGCUUGAGAAGUUGAAUCUGUCCAUGAAUGCACUGAACACCAACCUUGACAGAAACAGCAAAGGCCUACAAUCCAUCGGUGGACUGAAGACUUUGGACAUAUCUUGGAAUAACUUGGGGAACGAAGCAGUCAAACUGUAUCUACGAAACAAAUCCUCUCUUGAGCAACUGAAGAUGAGUGGGAAUUCUUUAACAUGGCUUACACACGACUUGUUCAAAGAGAGUGAAAACCUCAGGAGCAUUACUAUUGAUGCCAAUCUGAUAUCAGCGAUUGACAAAGGCACAUUCGAAGCGCUCGGAAAACUAGAAAAGCUGAACCUGGCUAAAAAUAACCUUGCUCACAUAUGUGAUUUUAAAUUAAAGCGAGUUCAAUAUUUGAAUCUAAGUAGAAAUUCCAUCGAGUUCUUUGUUACCGCUGAGAAUAACCACAUGUACUCUCUUGAAAUACUUGACCUUAGUCAUAACAAACUGCUUUAUUUCCCCAUUCUCCCAAAACGUAACCAACUGAAAUUCCUUUAUUUGCAACAUAAUAUUGUGGGCGCUUUAACUUCAGAGGCAUCGAUGGUAUCAGAGACUAAUGUCCUUUAUAACGAAGUGGUCAGAAUGAAUGAUGUGAGGAUCGGGAAAAAUAAUCUGCACUCAACCUGGAGACUGAUGCCACUGCUCCAUAUUGACCUCAGCCAUAACCACUUCACAUCUUUUCCAAUGGAAACAUUGAGCCUUCUCUCAACUUUGGAAGGGCUCGAUUUCAGUUUUAACUGCGUGCAAAAGCUCACAUGGAACGUCCGACAGGAGAGUGCAUCUAAAUACGACAGGCAGCUUUAUUUUCCCUCCUUAAGGUACCUGAACAUGCAAAGCAAUGGACUCGUAACCAUUUCACCACGCUUUCUCAAAGCGCUCACACAAGUCGAGACAAUAAAUCUCAGAGACAACGCGGUGCAGCCUUGCGCUCCCGUGGCCCAAAUGCCCAGCUCCUUAUCAUCACAGCAACUCAACUUGAGCUCGUCCUGUAUAGCCUUUGGAAAAUUAAAAACUCUCAAACAUCUGAGCCUUGAAAACAACGACAUCAAGAUUCUUCCGGCAAAUGCAUUCCGGGAAAGUUCUUUGGUGUCUCUCAACCUAGCUCGAAAUUCUCACAUGGUCAUGCGAGUUGACUCAUGGGAGGACAUAAAAGAAACUCUUCAGUCGUUGACGAUCAGUGAAUUGAACGUGACCAAUUCCGAAUUGUUUUUGCCCUGCAUGCCACUGCUAAUGCAUCUGAACAUAUCCAACAAUCGUCUGAAUGCUUUACCGCCUAAUUUAAAUUGCUCUCCUCUGAGAGAACUCAGCAUAAGGAAUAAUGCCUUUAUGUCUUUAAACUACUCGUUGAUUCUGGCAUUAUCAGCACACCUCCAUGUUAUGUAUUUCAGUGGAAAUGACUUAACCUGUUGCGACAGUAAUUGGCUGAGCGCCCUGAAUAAUUCCGGGAUUAAAAUGCCUGAUAUCGCACUCACCAAAUGCGUCACCGAUGACAGCAGUAUUCCUAUUGAAGAGUAUUUAAAAGGUUCUUCACUGUAUUGUUCAAGGCACAUAAAAGGGAUUCACUUGGGACAAACCUUUAUCGUUAUUUUGUUUGUAACUGUCUUUAUAACAGUAUUCAUGAUGUUCGCCCGAAAAACAUGUUGCCUAAAAAAGUCAUUCCUAGUGUGACAAAACUGUACAGUUGUAAUAAGAUUCAAAACAAACCCGGAUCAAAAAUAUUCUCAGUUUGAAUGGACACUGUAAAUUAAAUUACAUAACAAGAUAUUUAUUCUUGCAUACUGUUAGAGCAACACGAGUACACUGGGAGUCUACUGGAUGAACGGUGGUGGUGCUGCGCUGUCCAGCCACACUUAUUCGGGCUGUGAACCCACGCCGUGACCAAUUAGAAAGGGAAUAUGAAUCUUGCUAAACCUUGUCCUAUUCAUGACAAGUUUGAAUUACUACAUGCAGGACCUUCAAAAGAGUACAGAAGACCCAGGACUCCUGACUUAACGUAUUUUCACGACUAUAAGGCCCCAUUAAAAGUCUUAAAUUUUCUCCAAAAUGGACAGGACGCCUUAUGGUGCGGAGCGUCCUUUGUAUGCACUGAGUUCCAAAAUCUGACUGACAGCCGACACGCUGUUUAUAUAGAGAAAAGGCGGAAGUGACUGUGGCCAGGCAUGCGGGAAAGAAGUCGGCCAAUCAGGGAAGGGUGGGCGUGUAUAUAUACAUAUAUGGAGAGAGAGAGAGAGAGAGAGGACAGGCAAGCUUUGGAGCAGUCCGCCAAUGGUGAAGGGUGGGCGUGUAAGUGGAUGCUAAAGGGACGCCGCAAGCAGUUACCAACACCUGUAUAGAGUGUGGCAAUGUGCAUUGUUGCAAAACAACUCCGGUUUUGGUUUCUAAGAACCCCUGAAAAUAAAUUCGACAAAGAGACACGCCUACGAAGCUCAGUUCAAACUUAAAGCCACCGGUUAUGCUUUUGGCAUGCGUGCCCAUCUCACAGCAGCGGUGAAAAACCAAGUCAAGCAAAUGAACUCUGAGUUUGCCGUUAUUCCCGGAGGCUUGACUAAAGAACUCCAACCGCUGGACAUUGGCAUCAACUGGGCGUUCAAAGUAAAGUUGCGAACGGCAUGGUAACAAUGGAUGAUCGAUGGCAAACACAACUUUACAAAGAGUGAGAGGCAGCGCUGGGCGAGUUACGCCACAAUACGCAACAACGAGAGUUAACGCGGCGUUUUUGAUGGAUUACGGUACUUGCACAAUUGUUCAAUUCUUUCUACACACACGCGCGCUGCCACCAUGUUUCGCUCUGUUCUUUACUUUCAAAUGUGGGAAAGCUUCACAUGAGAGAAAUGUUCACUUUGCUGUUGCUGCUCCUUCUUUCCGCUCGGCAAUGCGUAGCAACUCGCACUAGCAUGUGAUGCGUUCAAUGACAACUGGGAUGUGCAGUACUCUGCUUCUGAUACAGAGG